AUGUCUAUCGGCCAACUGCAACCUCCAGAGGGCUCAUCAAGCUCCUCAUCCUCUGCAUCUCUAUCAUCCAUUCCCCUCGCCUCAACCUCAAGCAGAUGCCCAAGAUGCUCCGACACACUCUAUCUUCCUCCGUCAAUCGAAACCCUGGAAUAUGUGUUCCCUUCGGUCUCUCCCAGUUCAGUUGACCGCUCAGUCCCCCGUUGCUUUCAAUGCGAUAAGGUCAAUGCCGAAAGGGCCGCCUACUUUGCAGAGUUCCCGCCGCCAACGCACGUGAACCCUGUCGCGGAGCUAGAGAGUAGAAUACUGCAGAUAAGGGACUACAUAGCAUCGGACAUCGAGGUUGACGGAAUGAAAAUUGCACUGGCCGUGGCGAUAGACCAAAAGAGUGCUAAAGAGCGGGAGAGGGAUGCCGGGAUUAGGGAGGCUUUGAAUGAGUUUUGUGGUAUUUGGGGGCCGCCGAGAACAAGCUAG